GAAUUCAUAUCCGCGCUGAUCGAGCGGCGAGUGAAGUUCGACCGUCAGCAGCUCUGGGAGUGCUUCAAGAAGUUCGACGUCCAGAGCACUGGCAAGAUAACCUACCAGGACGUGAAGCGGGCGAUGUCCGGCUCCAUCUCCGAGUCGGAGUGGCAGGAGAUCGCGGCCUUGCCCGGCAGGCCCGUCCAGCAGGCCGAG